AUGGCAAAAAAUAAAGUUCAAAUCAAUCUAGUUGUUAUAGGACAUGUUGAUUCUGGAAAGUCAACUACAAUAGGAAAUCUAAUUUAUAAGUUAGGUGGAAUAGAUGAAAAAACAAUUAAUAAAUAUGAAGAGGAGGCUAAUAAAAUUGGAAAAGGAUCAUUCAAAUACGCAUGGAUAUUGAAUAAACUUAAAGAUGAAAGGGAAAGAGGGAUCACAAUUGAUAUUUCAACACAGAAUUUUGAAACAAAUAAUUAUAAUUACAGAGUGAUUGAUGCACCUGGUCAUAGAGAUUUUAUAAAAAACAUGAUAACAGGAACUUCAUAAGCAGAUGCGGCUUUGUUAAUGAUUUCUUCAGCUGAAGGAGAAUUUGAGUAUGGCAUAUCUCGGAACGGAUAAACUAAUGAGCAUAUCUUAUUGGCCUACACACUUGGUAUCAGAUAAAUAGUAUGCGCAAUAAAUAAGAUGGAUGAGAAAUCAGUAAAUUAUUCAAAAGAAAGAUACAAUGGAAUAGUUGAAUAGUUAGCAGCUUAUCUAAUUAGAGUAGGAUACAAUCCAAAAAAUAUUCCAUUCAUUCCAAUUUCUGGAUGGGAAGGUGAUAAUAUGUUAAAAAGAUCACCUAAUUUAUUAUGGUAUCAUGGCCCCACUCUUUUUGAAUCUCUAGAUACAAUAAUACCACCUAAAAGACAAACUGAUAAGCCACUUAGACUCCCAUUAUAGGAUGUUUAUAAAAUAAGUGGUAUUGGUACUGUUCCUGUGGGUACAAUACAAACUGGAGUUGUGAGAACAGGGAUGAUGAUCGAGUUUGCUCCGACUGGAAUAAUAGCUGAAUUAAAAUCUAUAGAAAUGAAUCAUAAUGAACUUGGAGUUGGAAUCCCAGGAGAUUAUAUAGGUUUUAAUGUGAAAAAAGUACAAUGCAAAGAUUUAAGAAGAGGAUAUGUGGCUUCUGAUUAACAGAAUGAUCCAGCAAAAGAAUGCAUGUCAUUUAUUGCUUAAGUGAUAAUAUUAAAUCAUCCUGGAUAAAUUUCAAAGGGUUAUUGUCCAGUUGUAGAUUGCCAUACAGCACAUAUUGCAUGUACAUUUGAUUAAAUCAUAUCAAAAAUUGACAGAAGAACAGGCAGGAUAAUAGAGGAAGCUCCUAAAUAUAUAAGAUAAGGGGAUUGCGCUAUUAUUAAAUUAAUACCAACCAAACCCUUAUGUGUUGAAGUCUUUUCUGAAUAUCCACCACUUGGAAGAUUUGCUGUAAGAGACUUGAAACAAACAGUUGCAGUUGGUGUAAUAAAGUCUGUUGAAAAAAAAGGAAGACAAAUAAUUAAAUGA